ACCGUUUCCUCAUUUCAGUGCGAGCGCUUCUGCAGCGAGUGGAGCUCCAGAGGAAUACCGUCCGUGAAACACACACGACACUGCUUCAUGACGAUCUAAGCCAGGUAUGGAUCAAAUGCUAUACUCAGUAUGAGCACUGUAUAGCCCAUAGCUUUCCUUUGGACAUUCACAGACAGGAGACUGAAAAGAGCGAGAGAGAGAGAGACAGCAGCAUGGCUGUCUUUAAGCUGGAAAAUGUUGAAGACCUUUAUGAGAUUGGAAAUGUUUUGGGAAGUGGUCACUUCGGGCAGGUGCGUGAAGUGCGGGAGCGGGCCACUGGCGUUCUGUGGGCCGGGAAGUUCCUGAAGCUGAAAAAAGGUGCAGGAAGCAGGCUGGGCCUGGACAGGAAGAAUGUGGAGAAGGAGGUGGAGAUCCUACAGGGGCUUCAACAUCAAAAUAUCAUGGCUAUCAGAGAUGUUUUCGAGAGCAGGGCAGAGGUGGUCCUCAUCGUUGAACUCAUAAAGGGUGGGGAACUCUUUGAUUUCAUCGCUGAGAAAGAAAACCUCACCGAGACGGAGGCCAUUGAGUUUAUGAAGCAGAUUCUGGAGGGUGUCAGCUACAUGCACAAAAAAAACGUUGGCCAUUUUGACCUGAAGCCGGAGAACAUCAUGUUGUCGGACAAGCUCGCUCCCAAUCCUGACAUCAAGAUCAUUGAUUUCGGCAUGGCUCAUCGCUUCAUUCAAGGAGAAGAGUAUAAGAGUUUAGGUGGAACCCCUCAGUAUAUUGCCCCUGAGAUCAUCAACUUUGAGCCUCUCGGGACGGCAGCUGAUAUGUGGAGUAUUGGUGUCAUUACCUACAUUCUUUUGAGUGGCCUGUCACCAUUCCAAGGGGACACUGAUGAAGAGACGUUGAGGAACAUUGUGGCAAUGAACUAUGAGUUUGAGCCUCACCACUUCAGCCAAACCAGCAACAUGGCCAAAGACUUCAUCCUGAAACUACUAGUUAAAGACCAGAGUAAAAGAAUGACAGCAGACGAGUGCCUCGUUCAUCCCUGGAUUAAGCCUCUCAAUAGAACUCAAAUAGCCAAGAGGAACCGCUCCUCCAUCAACAUGAAAAACUUUAAGAAGUUCAAUGCGAGGAGGAAAUGGAAGAUGUCCUUUAAUAUGGUUUCGGCUUGUAAUCGGUUUUGUCGACUGCAGUUACUGUGUAAGGCCCGCGGUCCAGAGCAACAAGAAUUGAGAGACUGUGAGAGCGAUCAGGAGGAUUCAGGCUCAAAACCUGCCUCUCUCUUACGCAGACGUCUCAGUAGCAAUUCAUAAAUCUCGCUGGUAGAGGGAGUCAUAAACCACAAACAUCUCCCGGCGCUCAUUCAACCAGCAGUACUUUGUAGUGCCAAGAGGGGGAAACAGAGGCCACAAUCUCUUCUCUUAUAUCAUCCUCAGUGCAUGCGAUUGCCCAACCACCAGCUAUAUAUCCUGUUACAGUGGUUGACGUCAUCUGAAAGAAGGAUGGGGGCCAUUGUGGUUUUCUAUACUAAUAUGCAAGCAUGUUCAUAGAGUUCUACCUCUGACAGACUGAGUGUGAUUCUUUUACCUGAAGUGCUGUUGACAGGAAGGUCAGGUGUCUUGAAGGAGGUUCCUACAACAAGUUUUUUUUGGGGGGGUUUAUUUCAGUGGGAUUGCAAAGUUACUAUAGGGACCGUCCAUUCAUGUUGUUAAGCUAUAUAUCCUACCGUUCAAAAGUUUUAAGGUCUUUUUUUAAUGAAUACUUUUAUUCAGGAAAGAUGCAGUAAAUUUAUCAAA